AUGGCUGCAGAAGCAAAGGCCGUCUGGGACGCACACGUCGACACCAGGACAGGAAAACCAUUACCAAAGGCUGCCGAGCCGUCUGAGCUCACAAAGCUGAGAAAUGCUCUCGGUCACCCCUUCAAGAAGAUGGCCGGUGUCAUUGGUGCUGCAGCAGCGCCAGUACCAGAAACCGGGGAUGGCUCGAAGAUUGCCCCUGAGGACGAUCCUACUAUUCUCAAGAAGAUUGCAGACGGUCUGGGCGAUCUCUCAUAUCUUGGCGUCGACAAUGUGAAGACAUUGCUCGAGAUUCAGAAGGACAAGAUGAUGGGCGGGUACACAGAUGACAAGACCUACCUCAUGGAAGGUCUCAUUCGCACAGCAGCAGCAUUGCCAGAUGGCUCGAAGAUGCGAGAUGAUCUUACCAGCACAUUCCUCACACAGCUUUGGAACGAUCUGGAGCAUCCACCACAGUCAUACCUUGGAGCAAAGUACCAGUACAGAACCGCAGAUGGAUCCAAUAACAGUCUGAUUCACCCUCAGCUGGGUGCUGCCGGUACGCCAUACGCCAGAACCGUGAAGCCAUCGAUGAUGCAGACACCAGCGAGGCCUGACGCUGGCGUUGUAUUUGACAGCAUUAUGACGAGGAAGCACGCCGAAUUACAUCCGAACAGGAUCUCGAGCAUGCUUUUUUACGUUGCAUCUAUCAUCAUUCACGAUUGCUUUCGCACUGAGCAUACUGAAGAUGGACUCGACUCCAACUCGUUAACGAGCUCAUACCUUGAUCUGGCUCCUUUGUACGGAAGCAAUCAGAAGGAGCAGGACGCCAUGAGGACCAUGAAGGACGGAAAGAUUCACCCAGAUUGUUUCUCUGAGAACCGCCUAUUGUUCUUCCCUCCCGGUGUUGGCGCGAUCUUGAUUAUGUUCAACCGCUUUCACAACCACGUUGUCGAAAACCUGGCGACCAUCAACGAGCUUGGGCGUUUCACAAAGCCAUCUGCGGAGCCUCCUAAAGCUACAGGAAUGCAUAAAGAUGACGAUGCUGCUCAAGUGAAGUGGGAGACGGCUUGGGUUAGAUACGACAAUGACCUCUUCCAGACCGGUCGUCUCAUCACCUGCGGUCUCUACGUUAACAUUAUCCUCAUCGACUAUGUCCGCACUAUUCUGGAUCUCAAUCGAACCGACAGCAACUGGCAGCUGAAUCCUCGUGCUGAAGUCAAAGAUCUUCCCCUCGGUGUCGGCAACCAAGUGUCUGCCGAGUUCAAUUUGGUUUACCGGUGGCACUCGACAGUCUCUGACCGUGACGAGAAGUGGACACAAGAACUCAUGAAGAAGGUCUUCAAGGACAAAGAUUACAGGAAGCUGACCAAGGAGGACUUUGUCAAAGGCCUGCACCAGGUCUAUGCCACCGACUAUGAAGCAAACCCAGCAAAGCGCAAUUUUGCCAAUCUGAAACGUAAUGCCGAUGGUACGCUCCCAGAUGACGACCUUGUCAAAAUCCUUACCUCCAGCAUCGAAGACUGUGCGAACUCAUUCGGUCCAAACCGAGUCCCUGAAGUUUUCCGUGCCAUCGAGAUAAUGGGUAUCGAGCAAGCACGAAAGUGGAACCUGGGUUCGUUGAAUGAGUUCAGGAAGUACUUCCACCUCGAGCCCCACCGAACAUUCGAGGACGUUACCAGCGACAAAUAUGUCCAGCAACAGCUCAAGCAUCUGUACGAUCACCCAGACAAGAUCGAAAUUUACCCUGGUAUUGUUGUUGAGGAUGCAAAGCAGGCCAUGGCACCCGGCUCUGGCCUCACACCACCAUACACAGUCUCACGCGCUGUGUUGUCAGAUGCUGUAGGCCUUGUUCGUGGAGAUCGGUUCUACACACACGAUUACAAUCCACGAACACUUACCAACUGGGGUUACUCGCUGGUUAAUUAUGACACUGGCGUCGACCACGGUUGUGUAUUCUACAAGCUGUUCUUGGACGCCUUCCCCAACCACUUCAAGUCAAACAGUGUCUACGUACACUAUCCGCUCACGAUCCCAUCGGCCAUGCAGGAAUCGCUCAAGGACCUUGGGAAGGCCAAGCUAUACGAUUUCUCGAAGCCCAGCACGAGCUCGCACCCUCAGCUCAUCAAGGAGUACAAAAUCGCCACUGAGAUCAUGAAGGACCAGGAGACCUUCAAGGUCACCUGGGGCGAGGCUAUGGAGUACAUCAUGGGCAACGCCUCAAAAGACUUUAUGCUUGCCGGCGACGGCAAAAAGAACGCAGAGUCGCGUGAGAUGGUGAAGGAAGCGCUAUACGUUGCCGACUGGGAUAAGGAGAUGCGCAGUUACUACACAGCCAAGACACGUGAGCUUCUUGCCAAAAAGAGCGCGAAGAUUGCCAACUUCAACCAGGUCGACAUCAUCCGCGAUGUUGGCAACCUUGCACACGUGCACUUUUGUGCUGAGCUCUUCAUGCUGCCGCUGAAGACUGAUGAGCGCCCACACGGCAUCUUCACAGAGGCAGAGCUUUACUUGAUGAUGUCAGGUGUCUUCGCGCUCAUUUUCUUCGACGUCAAUCCUGCUGGCUCCUUCCCUCUCCACCUAAAGGCGCACAAGGCCACGGAGAUCCUCGGUAACGUUGUCGCUAAGAACGUCGAGGCUAUUGCACACUCCGGUAUACUGUCAAAGAUCACCCAGGCGAUCUGGCCCAAUGACUCAGCACUGAAGAGUUACGGCAUCCACUUCAUCGAGCGUCUCCUAAAAUCCGGCAUCGAGCCCGAGAAGCUGGUCUAUGGCCACAUGCUCGGCACAGCCGGCGGUAUGGUCUCAAACCAAGGCCAACUCUUCGGCCAGACAAUUGAGUACUACCUACUCGGCGAGGGCAAGAAGUACUGGCCCGACAUCCAGAAACUCGCCCAAGACGACAGCGAAGCCGCUUUCCAAAAGAUGCAACGCUACUUGCUCGAAGGCUCCCGCCUUGCCGGCGAAACAGCAGUCAUCCGCGCCGCCGCCAAAAACACCACCGUCACCGACUCCGGCCGUACGCUCUCCUUCAAAGCCGGCGACAAGAUCUUUAUCAAUCUGCGCGCUGCAUCGCACGACCCCGCCAUUUUCUCCAAUCCAGACGAGGUUGACCUCAACAGGCCGAUGGACAGCUAUAUCCAUCUCGGUUACGGGCCGCAUCAGUGCCUCGGACUGCCGAUGGCCAAGGUGACGCUCACAUGUAUGCUGAAGGAGGUUGCAAAAUUGAAGAAUUUGAGGCCUGCGGUGGGAGAGCAGGGCAAGUUGCAUAAGGUCGAGAAGAAGAUGUAUCCAGGGGAGAAGUACCCGUAUCAUGCGUAUUUGACGGAGAACUGGGAUAUGUAUUUCCCGUUCCCUUGUGCGCUGAAGGUUUGCUGGGAUGAUUGA